AAUCGUUAGUGCUUAUUGUCUGUCACUCGGGAACAGUGAAUCUACAACAUGUCGCGCUCUUCACAUCGUGAUGAUUUCUUCCAAACCACGGCAACCCUUGACGAGCAGAAGCGAAAGGACGCUAAAUCUCGGAACACAAAUGGUGACCCCAUCAGACUGCAAAGUAAGAUAUUGGCAAUUCAGGCAGAUCCCUUGAAUGCCGGUUCUGUGUUCGUGGCCCAGAGUGGUGGCACGGUCAGAAAGAUCAUACUCGAAACAGGUGAAACUGCUACCGUUUUUAAAGGACCAACUGCACCCGUGACGAGCAUCUGUUUCAGUCCGGAUGGCAAGCUGUUGUUUGCGGGAUGCUGGGACAAGACCGUUUGGAGCUGGGAGAUUGCUUCGGGGAAGCCCCAGAAGAGAUAUGAAGGCCACACCGACUUUGUGAGAUCCGUCACCAGCACCAGGCUGCGUGGGCAAGAUCUUCUUGUCUCGGGAGGCGCCGAUAAGCAAAUAUUGGUCUUCGACAUCGCUAGUGCCCAACGACUUCACGUACUGAAGGGACACAUCAAGGGAAUCCAGGAUCUUGCCAUUGACCCAGUUUCGGCUGAAACAGAGAGCGCGGAGCAUCUUGUGUUUAGUGCUGGGAGUGACCGGGAGAUUCGACACUUCGACAUUGCUGCAGGAAGUAGUGAUCUCACCGGCACAGAGCCUCUCAUCGCCCACGAUACCAGUGUUUACAAGCUCUUCUUUGACAGCGAUGGCGAUCUAUGGACUGCCUCAGCUGACAAAACCGCUAAAUGCCUCGUGAGGGAAGAUGGCUGGAAAGCAAACCUCACAUUAGAGCACCCGGACUUUGUCAAAGACGUGGUAGUUUACGAGCAGGGGGGCUGGGUCAUUACUGUGUGUAGAGAUGAGGAGGUCCGAGUGUGGAACCGAUCAACUGGACAAUUGCAUCACACAUUUUCUGGCCACUUCGAAGAGGUUACAGGACUUGCACUCGUGGGAUCAACAGUUGUCAGUGUCAGUAUUGAUGCUACUAUCCGUCGAUGGUCCCUCAAGCCCGAUGAGCUUCAAACUGCCGUGGAAAGGGCUAGGAAGCCUCCGACAGAAGACGAGGAGAACAAACCCAACCCGGAAUCCACGUUGACAGAGGAGGAGGAACGAGAGCUGGCCGAGUUAAUGGCCGAUGACUAGAAUUGCAUAUGCUAGAGUGAAUAGAGAGAUGCACAUAAUAUCAAACCAAGAUACUCCGUACAUAU